UCACCAGGUCACUGUUUCAUGUUUGCUGAUUUGAUUGUUUCAAUUACGUUUGUGCUCUGUGAAUGUUAUCAAGAGUUCAUCACGCCAUGUAGAUUACCCUACUCUUGAUGUUAUGUAUCGCGCCUGGUCUCGCUGUAUCCAGUGCAUCCCUCACCGCCUUGGACGAAGUUUUUCUGGGAAUUCCGCAAUGGACGCCGACCUCCUUGCUUUGUCCAAGGAAGACCUUGUUGCUCGCAUCAGAGAGCUUGAGAAAAAGCAAGGUCCACAAGCCACCACUGAGCAUCCAUCCACCGGCAGGAAGCAGAAGCAAGGAAGAAAGUUGGAUUUUGAUAAGCAUCCGCACCGUCAGAUUGCUUUGAAAGUGGCGUACUUCGGUCAAGGUUACAAAGGGCUUGCAAGCUCUAGUGAUGAUUGUGACGACCCUUCAGUGGAGACUCAAGUCCUGAACGCAAUGAAAAGAACCAGGCUGAUAGAGGAGAGGGAUAAGAGCUAUUUCACAAGAUGUGGCAGAACUGAUACCGGUGUGAGUGCAUUUGGUCAGGUGCUGUCCGUGAGAGUUCGUUGCAAACAGACGUCGGGAACAGGUGUUAUACCUGCAGUAUGCACUGGCAAGGAGCAGCAACCAAUCGAGAACCGCCCAGACGUGGUGGAUGAACAGCCCGAGGAAAUGGACUUCGUGCAUAUGUUGAACGCCGUUCUACCCGAUGAUAUCCGUGUGCUAGGCUGGUCACCAGUAGCGUGUGACUUUAGCGCUCGUUUUCACUGCUUGUCACGGACGUAUCGCUAUUUCUUCCCAGAUGCGCAGCUGGAUGUCCGGCUAAUGCAAGCGGCGGCCAACAAGUUGGUUGGAGAACAUGAUUUUCGCAACUUCUGCUACUUCAACCCAGACGUCAAGCACUAUACACGCUGUAUAGAAAGCAUCACUGUCCAAUCAGCCACCCACUUCACAUCUGCUGCAUCUGACAUGUCGAGAGAUGAUUGCCAGAUGAUGUGCUUGGAGGUGAAAGGCAAUGGUUUUCUCUACCAUCAGAUCCGAUGCAUAGUUGGCAUUCUCUUCCUGGUGGGAAACGAGCUAGAAAGCCCGGAUGUUAUUGACGCGUUACUUGAUGUGGAGCGCUUCCCUGGAAGACCAUCGUACGAAAUGGCCAUCGGAGAACCUCUGGUGUUUUACGAUGCAUGCUUUCCAGGUCUAGAUUGGCUAUGUUCUGCCAGUGCUAAGCAACGACUGACUACGCACUUGCAGAGACUGUGGCGCAAGCACGCAACACAGUUGACAAUGCUGGAUAAUCUCUACUCAGUGGUCUGCAGCACUCCAGUCCGCAGUGAUGUUAGUGAAAAGAACCCGGUGUUGUGGCGUGACCAUUCACUGAAGCCUACCUGUAUGAGCUGGAAUGUAGACAUUGUACCAAGCUUGAAGCCUGGUCAUCGCAAAAUGCACAAUUCGCUGUUAGAAAGUAAGCUGGGAGAGCCGUAUGAGAAACGCCGAGAGAAGCGUGCGCUGAUCAAAGAAUCAAGCAAGCAGCAGCAGCAGCAAGAAGAGGCCAUGGCCACUGUUGCCACAGCCACAGCAGCAGAGUAAAUACUUUCUCAUAGCUGCUGCAGCAGCUUUGGACUUUGUACUUGUGAUUGCCAUGCCUUUGAUAGGUGUCUUGGCCCCUCUUCCCUCUUGGGUGACGAACAUGGCUCACACAGCUCUCUAUGCUCCCGGAGGCUAUGCAUUGUCAGGGCUCGACCUGUAGGUGCAUUAUUUGAGUUUUAGUUCUUCCGUUUUAUUACACGCCUUGCGCCAGAGCUUCUGCUUGUCUGCUGCAUUCUCAGGUGUACAAGUACGUGUACUUUUUUUCAUAAAUUCAAAAGUUACGCACCUACUAUGGUGUGAAACCAGGGCGUCACUGGCUGCACCCCUUCAUCUAUCCCAGUACAUAGCCUGGUACAGUAGUUCAUCAGCACAUGAUGCACUGUCUGUAGGUAGCCCUUGCUCUGCUCUGCAUUCAAUUAGGUGCAUCUGUACAUAUACUGAUGUAGGUCUCUAAAUGAUUAUCUUUUCCAAUGCUUUUACAGCUUUAGCUGUGAAAGAUGUACCAGUAACUCUGGCCUAUAUCUUCUGAGUUCUUCUCAUUUAUCAAUUAAAAAAAGAUUGAAUACAUGAACUGAGCAAGGCUGGACAACACAUUGUCGAGGAACACUGCAAUUCAUGCUGCUCGCAUACACUCAAUCUUCAUAUCUUCAAAAUCAUUAUACUCUCAACUUCAUAUUUCAAUUCCAUACCCGUUUUCAGAUGAUACAAGUGCAGAGUCCUCAUAAUGGACUGUACUGUUACCAUGGUUACUCUCUGUAGAGCAGGUCCUCAUGACUCCCCGAGACAUGAGCAAACCA